CUCGCUCGAUCCCGUAAAAGGUCGCUUCCGCCUUCCCUCCCCUAAUUCCCGUCCUCCACCGGCUAUCAUCCUCCGCCGCGGAUCGGAUCCUCUCCCGCUGCCGCCGUCGCCGCCGCGACCACCCACCCAUGACUAUGAUGACUCCGCCCCCUCUCGAGCAGGAGGACGAAGAGAUGCUGGUCCCGCACCAGGAAUUCACCGAGGGACCCCAGCCGAUGGAAGUUAUACCAACCGAGACAGCGUCCGCACCAGAGAAUCAGCAGGUGGAGGAUCCUCCUUCGUUCAAAUUUAGAUGGACGAUAGAGAACUUCUCCAGGUUGAACGUCAAGAAGCUCUACUCCGACAUUUUCUAUGUCGGAGCGUACAAGUGGCGUGUGCUAAUUUUUCCCAAGGGAAAUAAUGUUGACCAUUUGUCUAUAUACCUGGAUGUUGCUGAUUCAACAACCUUGCCAUAUGGUUGGAGUAGAUAUGCACAGUUCUCACUUGCUGUUGUUAACCAAAUCCACGGAAAGUACACUGUAAGAAAAGAGACUCAACACCAAUUUAAUUCACGAGAAAGUGAUUGGGGGUUCACUUCAUUUAUGUCUCUGAGUGAACUCUAUGAUCCAAGUAGAGGAUAUCUUGUCAACGAUACAUGUGUAAUUGAAGCUGAAGUUACCGUCCGUAAGAUGGUAGACUACUGGAGUUAUGACUCGAAAAAGGAAACGGGUUAUGUUGGUCUUAAAAAUCAAGGGGCUACUUGUUACAUGAAUUCUCUUCUUCAGACUCUCUAUCAUAUUCCAUAUUUUAGAAAGGCUGUUUAUCACAUGCCGACGACAGAGAAUGAUAUGCCAUCUGGAAGCAUCCCUCUGGCUUUGCAGAGCCUGUUUUAUAAACUUCAGUACAGUGAUAACAGUGUUGCCACAAAAGAGUUGACAAAAUCUUUUGGUUGGGAUACAUAUGAUUCUUUCAUGCAACAUGAUGUCCAGGAGCUCAACAGGGUUCUUUGUGAAAAAUUGGAAGACAAGAUGAAGGGUACUGUUGUUGAGGGCACAAUCCAGCAUCUGUUUGAAGGACAUCACAUGAAUUAUAUUGAAUGCAUAAAUGUAGACUACAAAUCCACCAGAAAGGAAUCGUUCUAUGAUCUGCAGCUUGAUGUAAAGGGCUGCCGGGAUGUUUAUGCUUCAUUUGAUAAGUAUGUUGAAGUCGAGCGGCUGGAGGGUGAUAAUAAAUAUCAUGCAGAAAAUUAUGGCUUACAGGAUGCUAAGAAAGGUGUUCUAUUCAUUGACUUCCCCCCUGUUCUGCAACUUCAGCUAAAGCGCUUUGAAUAUGAUUUCAUGCGUGAUACAAUGGUGAAGAUAAAUGACCGUUACGAGUUCCCACUUCAGUUGGACCUUGAUAGAGAUAAUGGUAAAUAUCUUUCUCCAGAAGCAGACAGGAGGGUUCGUAACCUCUAUACCCUUCACAGUGUUCUUGUUCACAGUGGUGGAGUUCACGGGGGACAUUAUUAUGCUUUCAUCCGACCAACUCUAUCAGAUCAAUGGUUUAAGUUUGAUGAUGAGCGAGUAACAAAGGAAGAUGCAAAAAGGGCAUUGGAGGAGCAGUAUGGUGGUGAAGAAGAGUUACCUCAGACAAAUCCUGGCUUCAAUAAUCCUCCAUUUAAAUUUACAAAAUAUUCAAAUGCUUACAUGCUUGUAUAUAUUCGCGAGAGUGACAAGGAGAAAAUAAUGUGUAACGUGGAUGAGAAAGACAUCGCAGAGCACCUUAGAGUAAGAUUGAAGAAAGAACAAGAAGAGAAGGAGCACAAAAAGAAGGAGAAAGCUGAGGCUCACCUUUAUACCAUCAUAAAGGUAGCUCGGAAUGAGGAUUUGGCAGAACAGAUUGGAAGGGAAAUAUUUUUUGAUCUUGUAGACCAUGACAAAGUUCGGAGCUUUCGUAUCCAGAAACAACUGCCAUUCAGCCAUUUUAAGGAGGAGGUGGCCAAAGAAUUUGGGAUCCCAGUGCAGUUUCAGCGCUUUUGGCUGUGGGCUAAGAGGCAAAACCAUACAUACCGUCCCAAUCGACCUUUAACACCUCAGGAGGAAGUACAAUCCGUUGGACAGCUUAGGGAGGUAUCAAAUAAGGCACAUAAUGCUGAACUGAAGCUAUUUUUGGAAAUAGAGCUUGGACCGGAUCUUCGUCCUCUUCCUCCACCACAAAAAACCAAGGAGGAUAUACUACUAUUUUUCAAGCUCUAUGACCCUGAAAAAGAAGAUCUGAGAUUUGUAGGAAGGCUAUUUGUGAAGGCUUUAGGAAAACCAACUGAAAUACUUCUAAAAUUGAAUGAAAUGGCUGGAUUUUCUCCAAAUGAAGAAAUUGAACUUUAUGAGGAAAUAAAGUUUGAACCAAAUGUAAUGUGCGAACACAUCGACAAACGGAUCUCUUUCCGAUCUAGCCAGCUUGAAGAUGGAGAUAUCAUUUGCUAUCAAAGAGCUUCCGCAUUACAAAAUGGUGACCAAUAUCGAUAUCCUGAUGUUCCUUCUUUCUUGGAGUACGUUCGUAAUCGCCAGGUUGUUCACUUUCGAUCAUUGGAGAAGCCAAAGGAGGAUGAUUUUUCUUUAGAAUUGUCAAAACUUUCUACCUAUGAUGAUGUUGUUGAAAGAGUUGCUCGUCAACUUGGUCUGGAUGAUCCAUCAAAAAUUCGUCUUACAUCUCACAAUUGUUAUUCGCAGCAGCCUAAACCUCAACCCAUUAAGUUCCGAGGUCUAGAGCAUCUCUCAGAAAUGCUUGUCCACUAUAACCAGACUUCUGAUAUAUUGUACUAUGAGGUAUUGGAUAUUCCUCUGCCUGAAUUGCAAGGUCUGAAAACUCUUAAAGUUGCAUUCCACCAUGCCACAAAGGAUGAGGUGGCAGUCCAUAGCAUCAGGCUUCCGAAAAAUAGUACUGUUGCUGAUGUAAUCAAUGAUUUAAAGACAAAGGUUGAGCUCUCUCAUCCUGAUGCAGAACUCAGGUUGCUUGAGGUCUUCUAUCACAAGAUCUAUAAGAUCUUUCCACCUGGUGAAAAGAUAGAAAAUAUUAAUGAUCAGUAUUGGACUUUGCGUGCAGAGGAGAUUCCAGAAGAGGAGAAAAACCUUGGUCCUCAUGAUCGCUUGAUUCAUGUUUACCACUUCACACGAGAUCCUAAUCAGAACCAAAUGCAAGUUCAGAAUUUUGGUGAACCUUUCUUCUUGGUUAUUCGAGAAGGUGAGACUUUAGCUGAUGUCAAAAUACGCAUUCAAAAGAAACUGCAAGUUCCAGAUGAGGAAUUCUCAAAGUGGAAACUUGCUUUCAUAUCACUUGGACGCCCUGAAUACCUCCAGGAUUCAGAUAUAGUAUCUAACAGAUUUCAGAGAAGAGAUAUUUAUGGAGCCUGGGAGCAGUACCUUGGGUUAGAGCACUCUGACACUGCUCCAAAAAGGGCUUACACUGCUAAUCAGAACCGUCACACGUUUGAGAAGCCCGUGAAAAUCUACAAUUGAAAAGUGGCCGGAUCUCCUCCCAUGGCAUCAUCCAAUGCUGUCACCUCAGGUCCACAUGGAUAGGAGAGAACCAAAGUGUAGAAUUUUGAACAAUAAGAUUGCAGCAUUAGUGAGGUGGGGACUUUUGGGGGAUUCGCCACCAAAAUUUGUUGUGGUGUAAUGUGUGUCAAGUGUUAGCUGGGGAGGACUCGGGAGAAUGCUUGAUCAUGAGUUCUUUUUAACGUCUCGGCCUCGUUAUAAAAUUUUCCUUGUGGCUUUUUUUCUUUUUCUUUUUUCUGGUCAAGCCCAUGUCAGUUAGGGUUUCCUGCCCUUGGAUCCAGUGUAAUUUUAGUACAUAAAGAUUUUGGAUCGGAGGGGGAGGCACAUAUAGGGUAUAGCUGGUGUCUUUGACUUCCCUUGGGGGUCUUCGUCCCCAUCCUUGUUAUAUUUCCAUAGUUUUCUUAUUCAUCAUCUUGGUCUUUGAAAGAA